AUGGGGAAAGGAUUCUUUACGCUAAAGUUUAAGUCCAUGGAGGAUAAAAAGAUUGCAAAAGCCAAGCCUGUUUUGGAGUUGACUUCGGGGUGCGUUAGACUACGCGAAUGGACAAAAUUCUUUGACCCUUAUAAAGAAUCGUCAUCCAUAGCACAAAUCUGGGUGAGAAUUUAUAAUCUCCCCUUGGAGUUUUGGCAUCCAGAGGUGAUUGCGGUUAUUGGACGUGCGGUAGGGCAUCCGAUUCGUAUUGAAAGUAGCGCUGCUGCGGGUGCAGUAGGACACUUUGCUCGAGUUUUGAUUGAAGUGGAUCUAUCAACACCUUUACUGGAGGGAGUUUAUAUUGAUGAAGGAACUUCUUCUUGCUAUGUGAAAUUUAGCUAUGAAUCCAUGCCUUUAUAUUGUUCACGUUGUAGAAUCACCGGACACACUGUUGAUAGAUGCCGCCGGCAUCCUGAUAAGCCUGUUGCGGUGGCAAAUGAGAGUCGCCCUGUGGAGACUAACAAGAGUUGGCAAUCGAAAGAUAGAACGGAGGAGAAUUUGGAGAAGGGGGAGGGAGCACGCAUUACUUCCAAGAGUAAUGGUGCUUCGUCGUCUACCAAUACCAAUAGCAACAGGUUUGCUGCUCUGACGGAGGACGUGGAGGUGGAGAUGCCAAUUUUAGGCAGCAGAGCUACUGUUGAGAUUGAGCCGAACCCCCUGGGUACUUUGCCAUCAGGGCGGGAUUCUCGAGAGCAGGUCACAAUGCAGGUGGUGGAUGCCUCGCCUGUCACUUUAGUGGAAUUGCCCGACAAAAGUAAGUUAGAUGAUCCGAAGGAAAAUUCCAAUGUUAAUGAUGUGGCCGUUGAAAACAGGGAUCAAGCUAACUGCCACUCGGCAGCGGAAGAGGAGAGGACGAUUGAAAGUGCCUCUGAGGUAAAAGCAUUAGCGGUUGAAAAUGCUAUGAAAAUACAACGGUUAGAGCAAUACUUAACUGAUAGGGAUUCACAUACGGAGGAUGCCGGAGAACAUGCUGCUACACACGUCAAAAGAGGGAGAGGGCGACCUCCUGGAGUGGGACGAGGAAGGGGCUUCCGACCCAUAUCUCAGGUCACAGAGGAGAGCAUUAAACAUCGCUUGAGACAAAAGGCAGAGCUUGGGUUGCACCCAAGGGAUUUUGUUGUGGAUUCGACAGACUCGGCUCCUUUGAGGGCCACGCAGAAUGUGGGGAAUAGGUCCUGGGCGGAUGAGGUUGAGGCGGGAGAGCACCCGCUCCCUAAAAUCGGUUUUUGA